AUGACCAAGUCCUUCCUCGAGCUGCGAAGGCAGCUACUAGGCCUGUCGCCGGACGACAGGAGAGACCUCGUGACUGAGCUGUUAUGGUCGCUCCCGCGCCAAGACGUACUCCGAAUCCACUCUCGCAUCUCGGACAUGAUGCAGAAGGACAUUGUUGGGCUUCUUCCGCCCGAGAUCAGCGUGCGCAUCCUCUCCCAACUUUCGGCCGACGACCUGCUGCGUUGCAAGGCUGUAUCCCGCGCCUGGUCCAAGCUGUGUGACGAUCAAGCGAUCUGGAUAUGUCUUUGUGCGCGCAACACGCCGGCCAUUGUGCCCCAGCACACAACAUGGAACGACCUCGAGUGCCACCGACAGCGCGCGCGCGCCGCAAGCCCAAACGCAUCACGUCUGUAUGGUGACGAGAGCUUUGAGUAUGCCGACGAUGGCGACUCACAUAUCAUGGCCAUGACACCGUCGCCCAGCGCACGUCGCACAGUCUGGGAGCGCAACUCUUCUGGCCUCCCAACAUACCAGCGGGCGGUCGCGUUCUCCCCACCGCCCGCGGCGCCAACCGGGACUGCCCCAGAACCCGUGAUACCCUCCCACCUCGGCCUCCCCACAGCCUUCCCGCGCGUGAGUUACAAGCACCUCUACCUUGUGCGGCGCAUCCUCGCCCGGCGCAUGACGUACCUUCGCCCGGCGGACCUCGAGACACCCGGCCGCCGCUCCGGCACGUCUUGGAACCCGCGCGUCGUGAUUAUCAACCCGACGUCAUCACAGGAACACGGCGGCUUGCCAGGACACACCGAGAGCAUCUACUCGCUGCACCUCAUCAAGCGCCACAUGAACAUCUCGUGCCGGAUCGGCGAGGUCGAUGACGCGCUCUACAGUCUCUUAGCCCCCGUAUCCAACGACAUCUUCGGCUCGACCGCGUCGCCCAGCCGUUCCGGCCUGGGAGCGAGCCCAGUCCGGUCCUCGACGUCCUCAUCCUUCCAUGUCAGCGGGCGCGACUGGCUUCUCUCCGCGUCUCGCGACAAGACGAUGCGCCUCUGGCAAUUAUCUCCUACCCCGCGUGUCGUCAAGGUGUUUGCUGGCGGGCAUACAGGCUCGAUCUUGACGCACUUCGUUGCCGAGAUCCCCGUCGAAGACUCGUCCAGCCGCUCCCCGCUCGGCUCGUAUUCUGGGGCGCGCUCCCCACCCAAGUCGCCAUCACCAAUGCGCGACAGCCCCAAGACGCGUCUCGUUGCCAUCAGCGGUGGCGGCGACGGAAAGAUCUGUCUCUGGGACAUUGAGCACGGCGACGGGACACCCGAGAAAACUAUCCAAGCACACUCGGACUCAGUCUUCUUCCUGCGCGGAGACGACGAGAAGGUUGUCAGCUGCUCGAAGGAUCGCACCAUCCGCGUAUUUGACAUCCGCACACUUGAAGAGCUCGUCGUGAUUGAGGAUACGUCGGACGGGCACCGUGGGGCCAUUAACGCCGUGGAUAUCACCAAGGAGUUCAUCGUCUCGGCGUCAGGCGACCGUACCAUCAAGGUGUGGGACAUCAACGACGGGCGCUUGCGGGCUAGCCUCGACGCACAUGUCCGCGGUAUCACGUCGAUGGCGUUCGAGCCGUAUUCCUCUAGCCUGGCGGGAUGGAAACCCGAGGUGCCCGGGAGCGUGUUAUGCGCAACGCUCGUGACGGGCUCGUCUGACGCAUCGAUCAAGACUUUCCACGUCGUACAGCUCCCCCCGUCAGCCGAGCUUGACGAGGUCACGUUCCGCGACAUGCUCGACUUGGACGCGGACGAGCCGCGCGUCCGAUACGCGAUCCAGCCCGGGGUUGAAUACCACGCCGUUUGUGCGUGCCCUGUGCCCACACGGCCUAGCCCGAGCGGGUGCAUGAGAUGCUUUAACCGCGGACACACCGAGCUGGUGCGCUCUCUCUACCUUGGCGACCAGGUUACUCUGUCUGCGAGCUACGAUAAGACAAUCAAGAUGUGGGAGCGCUCGACGGGGCGGCUCAUCUUCGACUUCUCGGGGUGCCAUAAAGGAAGCGUGUUUGCUAUCACGGGUGACCAUACCCGUGUCGUCAGUUCUGGCAUCGACGCCAAGAUUGCGAUUGUCGACUUUGCUGAUGGGCUUGACACGGCGUUUGUGUAG